AUGAAUAGGGUUUUAUGUUGUUCCUAUUUCUUUAAAGUAAUAAUAUGUUUAUUUAUAAUUGGUAUGAUUAUUACAUUUAUAAAUAUAGGUAAUGGAGAUAUUAUGGUAAUAAAUGUUACAAGUUUUAAUGUAUCAGUUCAGAAUCGUAUAGAAAUAGAGCCAAGGCAAUAUCAAGAUUAUGAAUAUCACUUUACUUUUAGAUUAUCAACAUAA